CGUGGCGGUCGCACCUGCGCGAGUUGGAGGAAGGAGGAGGGGCGAGGUGACGCAGACGUAAUAAUAGAGAAGGUGCCAGAAAGAUCCAAAACAAGUGGCUGCCGCCGUCGCCCAGGAGUCAGCAGACGCCAGAUUCCGGCCCUGGUUCGAGCUGGUUCCGACCCCCUCCCCCGGGUAUGGCGCUGUCUGGGUCGACCCCUGCCCCGAGCUGGGAGGAGGACGAGUGCCUGGACUACUACGGGAUGCUGUCGCUUCAUCGUAUGUUCGAGGUGGUGGGCGGGCAGCUGACCGAGUGCGAACUGGACCUGCUGGCUUUCCUGCUGGACGAGGCCCCCGGGGCGCCCGGCGUGGCCCGGCAGGACUUGCUGCCGCACCUGGCGCGCAGGCGGCGCCGGCCAGUGUCUCCAGAACGCUACAGCUAUGGCACCUCCAGCUCUUCUACAAAGAGGACAGAGGGCAGCUGCCGUCGCCGUCGGCAGUCAAGCAGUUCUUCAGAUGCCCAGCAGGGCCAGUGGGAGACAGGCUCCCCCCCUACCAAGCGGCAGCGGCGGAGUCGGGGCCGGCCCAGUGGUGGUGCCAGACGGCGGCGGAGAGGGGGCCCAGCCGCCCCCCAGCAGCAGCAGGAGCAGGCCAAACCCACCUCAGAAGGCAAAGUGACCUGUGACAUCCGGCUCAGGGUGCGAGCAGAGUACUGCGAACAUGGGCCAGCCUUGGAGCAAGGUGUGGCAUCUCGGCGGCCCCAGGCGCUGGCGCGGCAGCUAGAUGUGUUCGGGCAGGCCACUGCAGUGCUGCGCUCCCGAGACCUGGGCUCCGUGGUGUGUGACAUCAAGUUCUCGGAGCUCUCCUAUCUGGACGCCUUCUGGGGGGACUACCUGAGUGGUGCCCUGCUGCAGGCCCUGCGGGGUGUGUUCCUAACUGAGGCCCUGCGUGAGGCUGUGGGCCGGGAGGCUGUCCGCCUGCUGGUCAGUGUGGACGAGGCUGACUAUGAGGCUGGCCGGCGCCGCCUGCUGCUGAUGGAGGACGAGGGGGGACGGCGCCCAACGGAGGCCUCCUGAUCCUGGAUCUGGCAGGACUGACCCCACUUCCUAGCCUCUGGGCCACCUUCACCUCGGGAGGAUGAAGACUAUCUCUGCCCCUAGGGGACUGUCACUCCAGCAGCUCUGACUGAGACAGACAGACAGAUGGCCAGGCCCCCCUGACAGCCUGGCGCCUUGACAGCUCCUCUGACAGGAUGUGGGCUCUGAGGCCUAAACCACUUCCAGCUGAGUUUCCUUCCCGAACCCCCUCCCCCUAACCCGACCCUCAAGUGUGUUCCUUCAGCUCCAGCAGGCCAGGGCCUCAGGCAUGCAGGUCCCAAGGGAAGGAGGCAGCCACACAGUCACCAAAGGCCCCUGCACAUUAUGUUCCCUACCCUGGGUUGUGUGCACACACUGCCCCAUGGAAGUCUCCCCUGGGCUCCUGUCCUGGCCUGCUCCACACAAUUCUUUGGCCUAAGGGCUUUUCUCUCAGGAUCUCUGAUUUUAUCGCCCCCAACCCUGGGCUUCAGCCACACCAGGCACUGGAGCUGGGGCACACAUGGGGCCUGCUCACUUUGCCCACACAUCUCUACAGCCAGCCAGGGCUCUGCCCACCUUCCACACACAGACCUGGCCCUUCACCUUAUCCUGCUCCCCAGAGUUGGACACGGACUUGCACAAGGACUACCCCCAGAGUGUCACGUGUGUGCCUGCAGGAUCAGACCAAGUGUGCUGCUGUUGGCCAUGGGGCCAGGACCAGAAGUCAGCUGCCUUCUCAGAAAGGGAAAGGCAAAGGCUUGGGGGCUGAUGGGAAAGGUAUUUUAUAAAUGGCACCAAUAAAACUGCCCUGGAAGGGGCAUAGGUGGGCA